GCAGCUUCCAUGUGGUGUUGAGCCUGUGGGUACACAGAAGUCAAGAAUUGAGGUUUGGGAACCUCUGCCUAGAUUUCAGAAGAUGUAUGGAAACACCUGGAUGCCCAGGCAAAAGUUUGCUGCAGGGGCGGAACCGUCAUGGAGAACCUCUGCUAGGGCAGUGCAGAAAGGAAAUGUGGGGUUGGAGUAGAGUCCCUACUGGGGCACCGCCUAGUGGAGCUGUGAGAAGAGGGGCACUGUCCUCUAGACCGCAGAAUGGCACAUCCACCAACAGCUUGCACUGUGCACCUGGAAAAGCUGCAGACACUCAAUGCCAGUCCGUGAAAGCAGCCAGAAAGGAGGCUGCACCCUGCAAAGCCAUGGGAGUGGAGCUGCCCAAGGCUGUGGGAACCCACCUCUUGCAUCAGCAUGACUCAGAUAUGCAAGACAUGGAGUCAAAGGAGAUCAUUUUGGAACUUUAAGAUUUGAUUGCCGUGCUGGAUUUUGAACUUGCCUGGGGCCUGUAGCCCCUUUGUUUUGGCUAAUUUCUUCCAUGUGGAACAGCUGUAUUUACCCAAUGCCUGUACACCCAUUGUAUCUAGGAAGUAACUAACUUGCUUUUGAUUUUACAGGCUCAUAGGUGGAAGGGACUUGUCUCAGAUGAGACGUUGGACUGUGGGCUUUUGGGUUAAUACUGAAAUGAGUUAAGACUUUGGGGGACUGUUGGGAAGGCAUGAUUGGUUUUGAAAUGUGAGAACAUGAGAUUUGGGAGGGACCAGGGGCGGAAUGAUAUGGUUUAGCUGUGCCCGCACCCAAAUCUCAACUUGAAUUGUAUCUCCCAGAAUUCCCAUGUGUUGUGGGAGGGACCCAGUGGGAGGUAAUUGAAUCAUGGGGGCCAGUCUUUCCCGAGCUAUUCUCAUGAUAGUGAAUAAGUCUCACGAGAUCUGAUGGGUUUAUCAGGGGUUUCAGCUUUUGCUUCCUCCUCAUUCUCUCUUGCCGCCGCCAUGUAAGAAGUGCCUUUCACCUUCCACCAUGAUUGUUAGACCUUCCCUAGCCACGUGGAAUUCCCCCACUAUGCCGUGGCCCCUGCUGCUGCUGCUGGCCGUGAGUGGGGCCCAGACAACCCGGCCAUGCUUCCCCGGGUGCCAAUGCGAGGUGGAGACCUUCGGCCUUUUCGACAGCUUCAGCCUGACUCGGGUGGAUUGUAGCGGCCUGGGCCCCCACAUCAUGCCGGUGCCCAUCCCUCUGGACACAGCCCACUUGGACCUGUCCUCCAACCGGCUGGAGAUGGUGAAUGAGUCAGUGUUGGCGGGGCCGGGCUACACGACGCUGGCUGGCCUGGAUCUCAGCCACAACCUGCUCACCAGCAUCUCACCCACUGCCUUUUCCCGUCUUCGCUACCUGGAGUCGCUUGACCUCAGCCACAAUGGCCUGACAGCCCUGCCAGCCGAGAGCUUCACCAGCUCACCCCUGAGCGACGUGAACCUUAGCCACAACCAGCUCCGGGAGGUCUCAGUGUCCGCCUUCACGACCCACAGUCAGGGCCGGGCACUACAUGUGGACCUCUCCCACAACCUCAUUCACCGCCUCGUGCCCCACCCCACGAGGGCCAGCCUGCCUGCGCCCACCAUUCAGAGCCUGAACCUGGCCUGGAACCGGCUCCAUGCCGUGCCCAACCUCCGAGACUUGCCCCUGCGCUACCUGAGCCUGGAUGGGAACCCUCUAGCUGUCAUUGGUCCGGGUGCCUUCACGGGGCUGGCAGGCCUUACACACCUGUCUCUGGCCAGCCUGCAGAGGCUCCCUGAGCUGGCGCCCUAUGGCUUCCGCGAGCUACCGGGCCUGCAGGUCCUGGACCUGUCAGGCAACCCCAAGCUCAACUGGGCAGGAGCUGAGGUGUUUUCAGGCCUGAGCUCCCUGCAGGAGCUGGACCUUUCGGGCACCAACCUGGUGCCCCUGCCUGAGGCACUGCUCCUCCACCUCCCGGCACUGCAGAGCGUCAGCGUGGGCCAGGAUGUGCGGUGCCGGCGCCUGGUGCGGGAGGGCGCCUACCCCCGGAGGCCUAGCUCCAGCCCCAAGGUGGCCCUGCACUGCGUAGACACCCGGGAAUCUGCUGCCAGGGGCCCCAACAUCUUGUGACAAAUGGUGUGGCCCAGGGCCACGUAACAGACUGCUGUCCUGGGCUGCCUCAGGUCCCGAGUAACUUAUGUUCAAUGUGCCAACACCAGUGGGGAGCCCGCAGGCCUAUGUGGCAGUGUCACCGCAGGAGUUGUGGGCCUAGGAGAAGCUCUGGACCUGGGAGCCACACCUAGGAGCAAAGUCUCACCCCUUUGUCUACGUUGCUUCCCCAAACCAUGAGCAGAGGGACUUCGAUGCCAAAUCAGACUCUGGUCCCCUCCUGCUUCCUUUCCCCACUUAUCCCCCAAGUGCCUUCCCUCAUGCCUGGGCCUGCCUGACCCGCAAUGGGCAGAGGGUGGGUGGGACCCCCUGCUGCAGGGCAGAGUUCAGGUCCACUGGGCUGAGUGUCCCCUUGGGCCCAUGGCCCAGUCACUCAGGGGCAUGAGUUUCUUUUCUAACAUAGCCCUUUCUUUGCCAUGAGGCCAUGAGGCCUGCUUCAUCCUUUUCUAUUUCCCUAGACCUUAAUGGUAGAAGGAAUUGCAAAGAAUCAAGUCCGCCCUUCUCAUGUGACAGAUGGGGAAACUGAGGCCUUGAGAAGGAAAAAGGCUAAUCUGAGUUCCUACAGGCAGUGGCAUGACUGGAGCACAGCCUCCUGCCUCCCAGCCCGGACCCAAUGCACUUCCUUGUCUCCUCUAAUAAGCCCCACCCUCCCCGCCUGGGCUCCCCUUGCUGCCCUUGCCUGUUCCCCAUUAGCACAGGAGUAGCAGCAGCAGGACAGGCAAGAGCCUCACAAGUGGGACUCUGGGCCUGGUGACCAGCUGUGCGGCAUGGGCUAAGUCACUCUGCCCUUUGAAGCCUCUGGAAGCUUAGGGCACGUUGGUUCCAGCCUAGCCAGUUUCUCACCCUGGGUUGGGGUCCCCCAGCAUCCAGACUGGAAACCUACCCAUUUUCCCCUGAGCAUCCUCUAGAUGCUGCCCCAAGGAGUUGCUGCAGUUCUGGAGCCUCAUCUGGCCGGGAGCUCCAAGGGGCCUCCUGGAUUCAGUCCCCACUGGCCCUGAGCACGACAGCCCUUCUUACCCUCCCAGGAAUGCCGUGAAAGGAGACAAGGUCUGCCCGACCCAUGUCUAUGCUCUACCCCCAGGGUAGCAUCUCAGCUUCCAAACCCUGGGCUGUUUCCUUAGUCUUCAUUUUAUAAAAGUUGUUGCCUUUUUAAUGGAGUGUCACUUUUCAACCCGCCUCCCCCACCCCUGCUGGCCGGGGAUGGAGACAUGUCAUUUGUAAAAGCAGAAAAAGGUUGCAUUUGUUCACUUUUGUAAUAUUGUCCUGGGCCUGUGUUGGGGUGUUGGGGGAAGCUGGGCAUCAGUGGCCACGUGGGUAUCAGGGGCUGGCCCCACAGAGACCCCACAGGGCAGUGAGCUCUGUCUUCCCCCACCUGCCUAGCCCAUCAUCUAUCUGACUGGUCCUUGAUUUAAUAAACACUAUAAAAAGUUCUUUGCUUCA